GAAAUGGUUGCCUGACGAGCAUCACCGUACACUGGAAUCCGGGAAACCAAGAUGAGCUCGAAUUAAAAUGUAAAUACAACAACAGCGGCGAGGGAAAAACAUCUUUCCAGAUGAGAUGCGCCUUUUGCUUUGCGGUGCACGCGGAUGACAGCACACAUCUCUACACAUCCACCAUCCAUCGUCAUAAACAUGCAUAUGUGGAUAUUGGCCAUAUCGUCUUUCGCCACGCUUUUCACCUUAAUUGAGAUGUUCAACAUUUAUGAGGAUAUAUGUACAGGCCUUUGCCUCUGCGAAGACAGAGACGGGAUCUUUACAGCCAGCUGUGAAAACCGAGGAAUUAACAAUCUGUCUGAGGUAACGCCUUUACACUUCACUGCAUAUCAUCUCCUGCUCACAGGGAAUCUGAUAAAGAAAGUCUCACUCGACGACUUUGUGCAUUACGAAGGCCUCACCAAUUUGCAUCUAGGCAACAACGACAUAUCAGAAAUCGAAGGCGGUGCAUUUAAUGGACUCCAGGGAUUAAAGCGACUGCAUCUAAACAAUAACAAAAUCGAGGCACUAAAGGACGACACAUUCCUCGGACUCGAAAGCCUGGAGUACCUACAGAUUGACUAUAAUUAUAUUAGCCACAUCGAGCCGAAAGCCCUGAGCGCUUUGCGUCACUUGGAAGUGCUCAUCCUCAAUGACAAUUUGCUCUCCGCUCUGCCAAACAACAUCUUUCAGUAUGUUCCUUUAACUCAUCUCGACCUGAGAGGCAAUCAACUCAAAGUGCUUCCCUACAACGGCCUUCUGGAGCACCUGAGUCACAUUGUAGAGUUGCAGCUUGAAGAAAACCCAUGGAAUUGUUCAUGCGAACUCAUCGCACUAAAAGCCUGGCUCGAGAGUAUAUCCUACACGGCGCUGGUUGGAGAUGUGGUUUGUGAGACUCCCUUCCGAUUGCACGGACGAGACCUCGAUGAAAUCUCAAAGCAAGAACUGUGUCCUCGCAGAGCAAUCGCCGAAUACGAAAUGCGCGCAGAACCGGCUCACAGCAGUGAGAUUCUCUACAAAACCACGUCAGCGACUUUUCUACCAGGAUUUGCAUCCUCAACCAUCUUGCGUGGCACAAAAAGCAGCCGUUUGUCUGGGAAGCUCCGCGUCAAACCCACUUCGCGCUCGUCUUCGAGCAAGCCGCAGAAUUACGGUCCGAUGUUGGCGUACCAAACCAAAUCACCCGUUCCUCUAGACUGUCCUAAUGCGUGCACAUGCAAUUUGCAAAUUUCAGACCUCGGGUUGAACGUCAACUGCCAGGAGAGAAAAAUCGAAAACAUUUCUGAUCUUGAUCCCAAGCCGUACAAUCCCAAAAAGAUGUAUCUGACUGGAAACUACAUCUCUUCCGUGUGCAGUUCUGACUUUAAUGGCGCAACCGGAUUGGAUUUGCUCCACCUAGGCAAUAAUCGCAUCGCAAUCAUUCACGAUAGGACAUUCGGCCAGCUUAUACACUUGAGAAGGCUCUACCUUAACGGCAACUUACUCGAGCGCCUCACCGAGGAUAUGUUUUACGGUCUACAAAGCUUGCAGUUUCUUUAUUUGGAGUACAACGUUAUCCGAGAGAUCGCGGUUGGCGCCUUCCAGCAGGCGCCCAAUCUUCAAUUGCUGUUUCUCAACAACAACCUCCUCAAGACUCUACCACUAGGCGUCUUUGACGGAUUAAGCCUAGCUCGGUUGAAUCUGCGGAGCAACCACUUUCGAACUCUUCCAGCUCGCGGCGUUCUAGAAGACCUUGCGUCUCUGGUCCAGAUCGAUCUCUUCGAAAACCCUUGGGAUUGCUCGUGUCUUGCGGUGGAGAUGAAAAACUGGUUGGAGCAGCUCAGCACGGGUACCGUGGUGAACAGCGUCAUUUGCGAAUCUCCGUUGAGUCUCUCGGGAGAAGAUAUGCGAUACGUUCGCGGGUCGCAUCUUUGCCCGGAAAGCUCAAACGCGCAAUCUUCCGUCGUGCCGCCCUCGGAGGAAUCGUUUCCGGGCAGUACUAUUACUUUAGAAACAGCCUUGGAUUAUGAUACGCAGUAUCCUGCGGUUCCCCUUUCUGUUCUUAUACUUGCUUUGUUGCUACUUUUUAUACUAUCAGUUUUCGUCGCCGCAGGCUUGUUUGCCGUCAUAAUGAAGCGGCGUAAAAAGUCUGAACGCUUGGCUUCGGUAACUGCCAAUGCGAGCUCCUUCAACGCAAUCUACACCGACAGGACGAAAUCCAGAACGUCGGCGGGCCACGUCUACGAGUACAUCCCGCCUGCGGUGGAAGGCGCUGCGAAAAAUGGCCCGUAUAGCGAAGGGAGCGCAAUCGAGAGUUACCGAGACUUCGAAGAACUCAAUAGAGUUCUGGCAUCCAAUUCGGAAGAAGACAUCGGGAGCAACGCGAUAAGCUCCGAGUUCAGCGCCGGCACUCCAGACGCCCUCAACAGACACUCUCCAAUCUUGGAUGACAACUACUUCUACCGAGAUAUCUUGGCUAGGGACCAGCAGGCCUCUUACAGGGGUAAUUUACCAUGUAAGCAUGGCACACAUGCAUCGGCUCACUGCGCGCCAGACUUUGAUGUGAGACAUCAAUACUUGAAUCCGGAAAGGGUACAGCAGACCAUGGUUUACUGCUCGACGCCAGCCACCGUCUACAUUGAGCCCAACAGGAGCGAAUACUGGGAACUGAAAGCUAAGCUGCAUUUCGAACCGGACUAUUUGGAGGUUCAUGAGAAAAGGACGACGUUCACACAGUUUUGAAAUACAAAUUUAAUUUGUCUUAAUUAAAAAAAAAAAGUUUGGGAGAAUACAUUUUAUCUGGGGGAUAUUAAGGUUAAUCUCACAAAAAUAUAAUUGCACCUAAAAUUCAAAAGAAAGAAACUUUUUUAAAAUACAUUUUUAAUUAAAUAUUUUGUAUUUAUACAUGUAUAUUUUAUUUAUAUUUUGCAUAAGGAAAAUGAAGCCUAAUUAUUCGUAAUUUUUAUUUAUUUUCUUUUGCAAUAUGACAUUUUGCUGGACAAUUAAGCACGUUUUCCCUCAUUUCCAUUUUCAUAUUGCAUAUAAAAAAUACACUAGUAAUAAAAAAUAAAUAAUAAUAAUAAUAAUCAUUAAUGUGGGAAAAAAAUUUAAUAAUCACAUUUAUUUAUAUAUCAUACAUAAAGAAAAUAAAGCCUAAUUAAUAACUAUUAUUUUUUAUUUAUUAAUUUUCUUUUGCAUUAUGAUAUGUUGCUGGACAAUUAAGCAUGUUUUGCCCCAUUUCCAUUUUCAUAUUGCAAAUAAAAAUGUAUAAUAAAAAUAUAACAAUAGUAGUAAUAAUCAUUAAUGUGGAAAAAACAUUUAAAUAAUAAAUUACUUAUACAUCAUAUUUAUAAAUGUAUAUUUCAUUUAAAUUUCACAUAAAGAAAAUGAAGCCUAAUUAUUACUAUUUUUUAAAAUGUAUUAUUAUUAUUAUUAUUAUUAUUAUUUUUGCACCAUGACAUUUUGCUGGACAAUUAAGCAUGUUUUCCCUCAUUUCCAUUUUUUUAUUACAAAUUUAAAAAAUAUAAUACUAAUACUAAUAAUAAUAAUAAUAAUAAUAAUAAUAAUCAUGAAUGUGGAAAAAAAUAUUUAAAUAAUAAAUUACUUUUUCUUUCUAAAUGUAUAUUUAUUAAUGUUUUGCAUGAAAAAAUAAAGCCCAAUUAUUACUAUUUAUUACUAUUAUUACUAUUAUUUUUUAUUUCUUACUUUUUUUUUGCAAUAUGACAUUUAGCUGGAAAAUUAAGCACAUUUUCUGCUGUUUCCAUUUUCAUAUUGCAAAAAUAAAUAAAUAAAAUAAUGUGGAAAAAAUAUUUAAAUAAUGCAUUACUAUUAUAUUUACAAUUGUAUAUUUUAUUUAUAUUAUACAUAAAGAAAAUGAGGCCUAGUUAUUACUAUUUUUUAUUUAUUAAUUUUCUUUUCUAUUAUGAGAUUUUGCUGGACAAUUAAGCAUGUUUUCCCAAUUUUCAUAUUGCAAAAAUAAAUAAAUAUAAAAUAUUAAUAAAAAAAAAACAAUAAUAAUAAAAAUCAUUAAAUGUGGAACAAAUCAAAUAAUAAAUGAUAUUUCAUAUUCAUAAAUGUAUAUUUUAUUGAUAUAUUACAUGAAUAAUGAAGUGUAGUUAUUACUAUUAUUUUUUAGUUAUUCAUUUUCUUUUGCAUUAUGACAUCCUGCUAGACCAUUAAGCACAAUUUCCCCAUUUCCAUUUUCAUAUUGAAAAUAAUAAUAAUAAAUAAAUAAAUACUAUUAGUAAUUCUGUAAUUCCCAUGAAUGUGGAAAAAUUAUUGAAAUAAUAAAUUAUUUAUACAU